CCCACUGAGAGAGAAUAAAAAUUUCGGUUUCUCCCACAGCUUGAUACGGAAUCAUCUGUUUGAUUUGCCAACCUAACCAUGCCUCCGUCCGCUUUAUAUGACGAUCCCACACUCUACAAGGCCUACGAAGGCCUUUCAUUAGGUGACCAAGUCCAUGUGCUCCACCCAGAAUGGACUGUUAUGAAAGACAUGGUCGGUAACGUUCAAGGCCUCAACGUAUUGGACUUGGGAUGUGGUUUCGGGUCGUUCUGUAGAUGGGCCAGCGAGCAGGGUGCUGCGCGUGUGCAGGGAGUUGACAACUCAGAGAAGAUGUUGAACAAGGCACAGGAGAUCAAUGGCGGGCCUGGCAUUACCUAUGAGCGCGCAGACCUAGGCCACAUCGUUCUCCCGCAAGAAAGCUUCGACGUCGCAUUCAGCUCCCUGACCUUCCACUACAUCGAGCAUCUAGGAGCCCUUGUCAAGCAGAUUCAUGGCAGCCUAAGACCCGGCGGCCGCCUCGUAUUCUCAGUUCAGCAUCCGAUUUGGACGGCACCAGACGGCGCAACGUGGCAAGAAACCAGCGAUGGCGAGACGUUCUGGCCUCUCCGGACAUACGCUGAGGAAGGACCUCGGAUCAGCAAGUGGAUUGCGAAUGGGGUGCAAAUCCACCACAGGACAAUCAACACGUUUUUCUCCAUCCUCCGCAACACCGAGUUUCAGAUAGUGGACGCUGCGGAAUGGAUGAUGGAACCUGGCUCACUCCCAUCCGGCCAUCAGGACUACGGCAAAGAAGCGCAUCGACCUUUCUGGUUCAUCAUCAGCGCGAAGAAGAAGUGAUUAAUGACACGACAGGGUUAGGAACUGCUCUAUGCUCUUGGAAAUAUCUGGGUGUUACACUAUCCAAUUUCAAUCAGACAGGCU